CCCUCUUGCUGCUGCUUUGGCUCGGCGAAAUUUCGCAAAGUUGCGCGACAUUUUGUCGCGGAAGGCGGCUUGACUGUUAGCUGUCAUCCUGCUCAGCCCCUCCAGCCCCUCCUUGUUUUGCUGCUACCGAGAGCGAUGUUGUAAUGUUUACAUUUAGUGCAUUGCACGGCGGCUCCUCGCUUUUUCAAAUAGGUGCAGAAAGUUGGACGCGUUCAGAACAGUGACAUAGUCGCACCAGCGCAUCGGAGUUUAGGUUAAAUGACACCACAUCAUUUCACAAGUCUCUCUGUAGACUAAACGGGCCUCCCACAUGACACCGAAUUUACUCCGAUGAUCAUCAAGUGCAACAUCAGAUUUUGCAGCUGCAGCCGACGUCGGCCUGCAAAAGGCAUAGAGGCAAGUUUUCUCCUGACAUGCAGAGAGCUGACUGGAUCAGGAAAGUGCAAUAUUACAUAACCGAGACGCUCUGGCCUCCAGUGAGAGUCAGCACAGAGCUCAGUGAAAGUUUGGCCAGAAUAAAAAAAAAAGAAAGCAUUACGUUGUCUGAAAGCUUGCUGUAACUUGCAUUAAAUACGUUUUGAAAUGUGAAGUUAGCAGUUACUUCGAUUUUAUUAGUGAAGUAACUUCUCCUAAAGGGAAAGAAGCCCAAAGUCUUUGAAUUAUAACACCGUCAUCGUAAACAUGUCCCAUAGUCGCUGUUAAGCUGUACAACUCUGCUCCGGACUACUUACACUUUUGUUGUUCCUUGCACGGAUUCUUUUUCUUCUACGAGUAGUUUUGCAGAAAUAUACAAAGCACACAUUGAACUGAUGUUCUAGUGCAUGUUCUUUAUUUAAGAUCACAUUUACUUUGAAUCCACAAUUAGUUCUAAACCUGGAUUUUUACACCUACUAAUAAUAGCAUUGUCUUCAUUGUGAGCUACUAUGUCACCAUCACUUUAUUUGCUGUUGAUUCUCUGGAACCUUUUUUCCUGUGAGGAAUAAACAAAUACUUGUUUUCCCAUUUCGUUCUAUUCUAAAAGAAAGCAAAGAGCAAACAAAUAUACCCUAAAGUUGUAUAGUGCAAUUCUAUUUAUUUGCUUUUUAUUUUUCCUUGCCACGCAUGAUGAAGCAUUUUAUUUAGAAGCCGGUAACAAACAACAGGCGCCGCUUGUUUUGAUACAUUGUAGCCAAGACUCUGUCUGGGAUGUCUGCUGUCUGCGAUUCCCGUGCCCUCAUUGGUCGCUGACAUGAGGGGGGCGGGGCUUCAUCACAACAAUGCACUUCAAGAAUCGCACACGCGCCAACGGGAUGUUUUCCGUCGCCGGGGAAAUAACCUUCGCUCAGAACGACCGUUAACGGCGUCUCCCCUCUCGGUGUCGGUGUCGGUUGGCGUUUCCAUGGUUUCCGGGGAGCACGGCUCUCCUGUGCUCCGCGACCCGAGAGCGCGUGUGUAAGGUGGCUAACGUUAGCAAGCUAGUGCCCCGCUCAAGUCGGGGAGCGGGGGGGGGAUACGUUUAUUGUCGGGCAUCUGACGGAAGGAACGGCGGGUCUGUUGAUGGCCUGUUACCACCGCAUUCUGUGUUGGACAAUGAAAUUCGCUUAGGCGAAACCCUUUGAAAAUAAACAACGCGAAUGGGAUGCGAGAUUUCGGAAGCAGAAACACCUGCAGCCCUCUCCGAUCACCAAGGAAGCGAACUAGCUAAGAAAGGUUAAGACAAUCAGAGGCCACAUACAAGUGCCUCCACUGUACACUUUCUUUCCCCAGAGUGUGACUCGUCUGCACGACGUCACCAAUGCGACCAUGGGAAUUAGCAGUAAAUAGGCUGCCACCAACAGCCCCCUUAAACCCUAGGAGGUUCCUCGGAGAGCCCUGCAACGCCCCAGUGCAUCUCAGGAGAAGCCCACCAGUGAGACGGCAGUGGGGGAGACAAGACAGACCUGUACUGCACACUUCCCAGGUCCAGGAUGAGAACUUCCACCACCUGUUUUUCUCCCAACACCCCCAGCAGGUUCCUUUAGAUGAGUCCAGACAGUACAGCCACACCAGCACAGCACCACGCAUGCUUCACCCUGCGACCCACCUACCCCAGCAGAGCCCCAUCAUGGUGGAUCUACAUGACCAGAUGCACCAGGGAUCCGUUCCAAUAUCUUACACUGUUACGACGGUGACGACCCAUGGAUUUCCCAUUCACACCGGGCAGCCUCUUCCAGGGUGCAACACUCAGCAGCUCCCAGCAUGCUCGGUAAUGUUCAGCGGACAGCUCUCUCUGCUCUGCUGCCUUCCUCCUCCUCUCAUACAGGCAUGUACCAUGCAGCAUAUACCUGUGUCUUAUCAAGCUUUUCCACCGCUGAUGUCCAGCGAACAUUUUGUAUUGCACCCGACCCCAUCUGUACCCCCCCACCAGCCGCCGCACCUUACUCCUUUGAGCCAGUUUGUCCCUUUACAGCCUCAGCACCCACGCAUGCCUCUACAGAGGGUAGACAAUGAAGUUGACCUAAGAGGGGACCAGCACCCAUUAGGCACCUUCUCUUACCCUCCCUCUCAUCAUCCACCAGCGCUGCCUCCUUCACUGCCCCUACAGUAUCUUCCUCAAGAGCCUCUGCAUCAGGAGCUUCCCUUCGGAGUGCCAUAUCCCCACAUAUUGCCACGGCGAGUGAAUGGACAAAGAUUUCGGUUGCAGCAGCCUCUCCCUCCCCCUCCUCCACCUCCGUCUUACUACCCCGGCUUCCUCCCUUACUUCCUGUCAAUGCUUCCUGUGCCUCCAACAGCAGUGGGCCCAGCCAUCAGCUUAGACCUGGAUGUGGAUGAUGUGGAAAUGGAGAACUAUGAAGCACUACUGAAUUUGGCAGAGAGGUUGGGUGAAGCAAAACCACGUGGACUCACAAAAGCAGAUAUAGAGCAACUUCCGUCCUAUAGAUUCAACUCAGAGAAUCAUCUAUCUGAACAAACGCUGUGUGUUGUGUGCUUUAGUGACUUUGAGUGUAGGCAGCUACUUCGAGUGUUACCUUGUAACCACGAGUUCCAUGCUAAAUGUGUGGAUAAAUGGUUAAAGACCAAUCGCACUUGCCCAAUCUGUCGAGCGGAUGCCUCGGACGUCCACCGGGAGGCGGAGUGAGACAGGUCUCUGAGUGUUGAACUGGAAUGCUGCACCCACCAGAGUCUGUCUCAAAGCUGGGGACACCUGCCACAUAACCUGCGUCCUCCAGUAAAUAUAGCUUAACAAACCCUCUACUCCUGCCCCUCAGUUGACGAUAAAGAAACCCAGGAUUGUUUCUGGAGCGCGUUGUUCCUCCGCUGUGCUUCGUUGUGCGAGUGUCACGAAACCCACUGCCUACAGCCAGAGUUCUGGGAUUGCCAGCCACUUCUGUCUCUGCCCCCCACGAUGCAGAUUCCAAUGAUUUUCCCCUACAAUGCAUUAUUUGCUGCUUUUGUUUACAGGGUUUCCUCUUUUUCAUUUGUGGAUUUUUGGUAGUGUUCACAAAAGAAGUAGGAGUCCUGCAUUGGAGGAGAUGAGUCGGGAAGCCUGGAGGAUGGCAGGCUUGGACGCCUUGUGCAAUUAGCAGAAAAAAAAUAUUAGGAGUACGUCAACGUGGGUUUCUGUGUUCAGAGGCGACGCUUAACCAUCGGAGAUGCAUGUUUGUGUUGGUGUAUGGCAAAGUGACUUGUUAAUAAUGUAUGUUCUGCAAUAACGUAUCGAUUGUUUUUAAUAGAUUUCCUCCUUAAUUGUUUUAAACUUUGCCAAUGCUGUUGUGAAAGUGUUUUUUGCUGAGGUGGCAUACAGAUUCUGCUAAGCCCGAGGUCGUGGACUGCAAGCGGACGGGACGUGCGGCUUGUAGGGGCGUCUCCGAGCCCUCAUAAUCUUCUCUGGAACACAGAUCUGUACAAAAGCAGUGAUGGAUUGAUGGAUUUUUUAAUUUUUUAUUUUUGGGGGGGCGGGAGGGUUGUGGGGGCGUCUGCCGUUAACUGCACAAGUGCUACAAUCCUCUCUCCACGUCGGCAUUGUUUCUCUAGCAAGUGCGUGCGUAUGUGUGUGCGCGUGCGUUUGCGUAGGGGUGUGUGUGUGUGUGUGUGUGUGUCUGGAUCUUUGUCCUGUUCACAGAGCCAAUGCAUUUUGUGUAACCACUGGAUACAGGGCAGCAUGCUAGGAUUUGCAUGAACUGUUGAUUCAGACUAGCAAUAUUAUCAAGUAUUGCCACCAAAAUGAUUCACUUUUAAGAAAAGAUGAGAUAUAGAAGCAUACUAAAAAGAACUGCUUGCUCACCCCAAAAAAAAGAAGAAAAGAAAAGCACCACUAGUGGGGGGAAAAUAGCAUGUGGUUACACUGUGGUGGUUUUAAAAGAAAGGAAGAGCUCGUCUAAAGGCGCCGCAGAUACCGACGAGUUCUGGAAGCCUGUGCAGGAAGCAAUACGUGCUGUGAGCGGACAUUUUCUUCCCCUUUUAGGAAGACUUUGGCUUUUUAUUUCUUUCUUUGUGAGCCAAAUCCAAUAUACGUAUUUAGCCUACUGUUAAAUAUUUCAGAUCUGCCUUUUUAUGACGUUGACAAGCACAAACCUGUUACUAAUCCUAAAAAGUACUUUGUCGUUUCCACUUCUUUGAAUAGUUUUUAAAAGAAGAAGAAGAAAAAAAAAAGGUGUUUUAUUUAUUGGUUUUAUUAUCCUCAAGAGAAAAAUCCAUUGAAGGAGACCGUUGAAGCACUAAUGAUGUUUGCAUUAGGUGUCUGUUCUAAUCUGGUAACUUGGUCAGGUCAUUGUCUUAGGCUAUGGUAAACGGUGUUGUAAAAGAGCAACUGUAUGUAUAGCUUCAGUGUGGAUGCUUUUAGAUAAAUGUUUGAAGACAGACGAAUGUUAGAAGUCUCUGGUGACGCUCCGUGUGUUAACACCAGCUGUCUUCUUUUCCACAGUCAGAAGAUUCAGCUGGAGUGUUCAGUUGUGUAGAAACACUGUAAGACUUCUGGUCCCUCCUCCCUCCGCCGCUCGUGUUAACGCGUGAAAAACAGGACAUAUAAUUGGGGUUAGGAAGGGAAAGAGCGACGAAUGAACUUUUGCUUGGAAUUCACUCUUGUCUCUUUAACUGCCCCCAGUGAGCACUAACAGGCAGUCGUAACCUUUGCUUUGACGUGUAAAGGAUUCUUGCCUUUUCUUUACUUUUGUUUAAGUGAAUGUGAGUCUUUGACGUGUGCCACCUUCAAGAGAAAAAAAAGCCAUUUAAAUGAGUUAAAACCCACAGCUUUGAGCAUUAACCUAUGUGUACAUAUCUAUUUGCUGGCAUAUAUUGUAAGUUUAAAAAAAAAAAAAAUCUCUCAGGGCCUCUCGGUAUAUAUAUAAAAAAUAAAGAUGAACAGUCCAUUAUUUUUUUUUUUUUUCUCCAGAUGGAACGGAUGCCAUGAAAAAGGGUAUAUCUGAAUUCAGUUUGGUUGGUUUUCUUAGACCAUAAAGGAUUUAUUGUACUAUUGUUUUGUCUGAAAUAGUAACUAUUACACCAUUUAAAGACAGGCAUGCAAGAAAAAAUCAAUACGUAUGUUAACAAUACUCACUGAAAAGACGACAACUCGUUACAAGUGUAUUCAAACCUGUUAGACUUCCGUUCUUGUACUCCGACCAUAUUUUCACACAUAGCAAUUGUGAUCCCAUAUUUAAAUGUGCCACAGCGCACUCUAUCCUACCUAAGUCACUCCUAAAUCGACUUCAGAUGUGUUUUUGCAUGACUUUAAAAAGAGAAAAAAGUGGUAAAACAAAUGUUACAGUGGAGGAUAUCUUAAAAAAAAAAAAAAAAAAGAAAUAAAAAAAUCUGGUGGGGGACCUAUUUAAUGGUGCACAAUAUGCAUGCUCGUCAACCAGAUCCCAACUGAUUUUUUUAGCUCUAGUUGGCUCGGGGUUCUGGAAGUUUGGAUCUCAACGCUCAGCUGAUAACUGCCAUGCAUUGUACUGCACACAUUUGUAAUAGAACUGAAUGACUACAAGAUUUUAUUGCGCUAACUUCAUUUUAUAUAGGGGGACAUAUUUAAAAAUAAAAAAAAGGAAAAAGGAGACAAAAAAAAAAGGUUAAUUCUUACAUACAUUGUGUUACUGUUAUUGCCCUAACGACUGAGAAAUACAUGCUCUGAUACUACUGUAGUCUUAUCAAAAAGCCAUAGUGAAAAGGUGCUAGAUGUUCUGCUUUUAGGUAUGAAAACUCACAUGCGUGAAUGCAAUAGUUUGUCAUGGAUCUCAUGUAUUCUUAAAGCAUGUUAUACCAAUACCCCGAAACAAUGUCAGUGAAAAUCAAUAUAGUUUUAAGGGAUUUAAGUAAAAUGCAAAAAAAAAAAAAUAAAUAAAAGUGUUGUCAUACUUAUUUCAGUGUAGUACUGUAUCUGCCUAUCAGGCUCUUGCUCUCAGUGUAUGGAUAUCUUUAAAAAUGUAUUGUUCACUUAUAGAAGAUACCUUAAUUCAUGGUAAUGUUAGCACUAUUCCUUUAUGGGGGAAAAGUAUAUUUAAUUGACAAUAUCCAGCAACCUUGUUAAAUAAAAAAAAGAACCUUCCAUUUAAGGCCUAGUUAAUGAGCUAAUUUUAAUGAUAACUCAAAAUAGAGUCUUGUAGUCUUUCUGUUAAGAGUGAAUAAUGAAUAAUCUCACAGCUUGUGUGGUGCAAAAAAAAAAAAAUAAUAAAAAAUUUAAGGAAUAAAAAAGAUUUUCCAAUAAGCAGCUAAAGUUUAUUUAGGAAUUGUGAUUGAUUGCUCCGUAGAUGCCAUUUAUUGUUUACCAAUGAUAUUUUUGCUGUGGUGGGAUAGUGGUUUACUGUUAUUACUCUCCUCGGCCUCCAGGGGUCCUUGCCUGAACAUCAGAUUUAACCCACCCACCCACAGAGCCAGGGGGCAUGUGUUCUGUGUUUAGGCAGAUAUUUUUUUGCUUUGGUACUUGCACAUUUACAGUUACCUCAUUUGUUUUCCAUGUUUGUAUUUGCGAGGGUGGGCGGGAGAAAACGACUAAUAUAUAUUAUAUAUAGGAAAUGGUUCUUAUUAAUGUUAUAAUUUUUUUUUUCAUUCCAUUGGAAUCAUAUUGUUUGUAGCAUUUAACAUAACUAGUUAGUGUAUUAUAUAUACAUCUGUAUACUGUUUGAAAUUUUUAAGAUUUGUACUUUUUUUAAAUGAAAGUUGCUAGUUAUGCUUUACCAAGUAGUGCAAUCAUUUUUUUUAAUUGUUGUGGCUGAUUUGAGAGGGUUGUUCACUAAUAAAUGUAUGAUGUAUACCA